CUUUGACACUAGUUUCGCUUCAGAAGUCCAGUAUUCAGAGCUUUUUGACAAAACUGUUAAGCUAUUGGCUACAAUUUAACGUGCUUCUAAAAUGUAGGUUUGGCUUAAAAUGUUGCAAACCUAUCACAAUACAAGACAAAGGUCUUUUGUUAUAUAAUUUCAAAAGUAAUUUACUGUGUAGGUGAGGCUUAGAGUUGGAGGAAUUUCACCUUACCACAACAGUUAAAAUGGACCCCUGUCCAUUCAUUUUAGAUGGAGGUCUUGCAACAGAACUUGAAGCAAGUGGGUUUCAAUUACAGGGAGAUCCACUGUGGAGUGCAAGACUUUUGCAUACAAACCCACAGGCCAUCAAGGACGUACAUUACAGAUUUCUUCAAAGCGGUUCUGAUGUCAUAACAACAGCCACAUAUCAGGCCAGCAUUGAGGGAUUUGUGAAAUAUCUUGGUCUCCGGCCUGAGGAAGCGCAGCAGAUGAUGAUGUCAGGGGUUCAACUGGCAAAACAGACAGUGCGUGAGUUCAUGUCUCACUCACCCGAAUCAGAAGACAGAAGAGAGCCUUUGGUUGCAGGCUCAGUGGGUCCAUAUGGGGCAUUUCUACAUGAUGGGUCAGAGUACACAGGGGCCUAUGAGGACAAGAUGACAUUGGAGGAGUUGAAAGAUUGGCAUCGUCCACAGAUCCAGUGCUUGGUAAAAGCUGGAGCUGAUCUUGUUGCCAUGGAGACCAUUCCAGGUCUUAAAGAGGCAGAGGCUUUGGUGGAAGUACUCAAAGAAUUUCCCGAAACUAAAGCCUGGCUUUCCUUUUCCUGUAAGGACAUUGAAAAUAUUUCAAGCGGGAGGAGAUUUUCUGAGGCGGUUCAGGUGGCUUGUAGGUCCACACAGCUGGUUGCUGUCGGGGUGAACUGUUGUCCCGCUUCUUUGGUGAAACCGCUUCUAGAGUCAGCCAAGUCACACAAGAAAGCAGAUUUGAGCUGGGUGGUCUAUCCUAACAGUGGAGAGAGUUGGGACCCCAAGAUUGGAUGGAUAAUGGAAAAACAGAAGUCAUUUGCCAAAUUAAGUCUCAGCUGGAAAGAACAAGGGGCUUUGUGGAUUGGUGGCUGCUGCCGUGUUGGUCCUGCUGAUAUAACUGCACUGAAGCAACAACUACAUGUAUAGAUAUGACUCAUGAAGCAUGACACCGUUCACAUCUAGCUGCCUAUGAAAUAAUGCACUGAUGUUUAAGAAGGUGUAUAAAUAUUUUAUUUAUAAAUAAAAAUAAUGCCAACACUA